AUGUUGCGAACUUCGCUUCAGUCUGUGAGGGCUUUUGGCGGUAGGCCCGUUGUGGCCGCUGCUGCCCGCCAAUGGCCCAUUGCGGCUACGCGGACUGCCUCUCUUGCUGGCCAGCGAUUUUAUGCUGUCGACAAGAAGCCCGAGCUCGAUCCUCUUAAGCAACCAGUAUUGCCAACUUCCCAGACCAUCACAUCCGAGAGAAUCCACGAGACCACUAUCGACGAUGUCGGCGAGACCAAGGCUGUUAUUGGAGAGGUUCCCAGAACACCCCCUCCCCCUCCCCCUCCUCCCGCACCCAAGAAGAAGGGCUUCUUCCGAAGACUGAAGAACUUCGUCUUCACCCUUCUCGUCCUUGGUGUUGUUGGCUUCGCUGGAGGUGUCUGGUACUCUCGUGUUAGCGAUAACUUCCACGACUUUUUCACUGAAUACGUCCCAUUCGCCGAGCAGGCUGUCCUUUACCUCGAGGAGAUGGAUUACAAGAAGCGAUUCCCUAACGUCACCGGCCGAUCCAAGACCCAGGCUACUGAGGAUGCCGUCAGAGUCCCUGCUCAGAGCGGUGCUUCAUGGAGAGUUGCUGAGGCCGAGCGUCACUCAAGUGCUGGCCCUGUUGCAUCCGCUGCCAAGAAGGUUAAGGAGACGGUCAAGCCCAAGCCCAAGCCCAAGGCUCCCGCCGUGGAGGCCAAGACUGUUGCGAAGGAGGAACCCGCUCCCGCCCCCAAAUCCAACACCGGUUUCAAGGCUCCCGAAGUUAACGAGCCCUCUAAGAUGCCUCCUCUAAAGCCCAUUGACCUGCUAUCACUUGAGCAUGCCAGAGAGCCUGUUGUCCAGGACCUCGUCCACAUGGUCAAUGACCUUAUUCUGGUCAUCAACGCUGACGGUGCUCACGGCAAGUAUGGCACCUCCGUAGACAAGGCCAAGAGUGAAAUAGCCAAGGUCGGAGGCAAGCUUAAGGGUAUGAAGGGCGAGUUUGAGAGGAAGGCUGCUUUGCAAGUCAGGGAAAAGAUCGAGGAGUUCGACAAGGCUGCCACUGACCUGAUUGACCGCGUUGAGAACACCAUGAUUAACCAGGAGAACCAAUGGCGACAGGACUUUGAGGAUGAGAUGAAGAAGGUCCGAGAAAGCUACGAGGGCCGAAUAAGCGUCCUUCUGGAGCGUGAGAAGAAGGUCAACGAAGAGAAGCUUCAAAACCAGCUCGCCCAGCAGGCUUUGGCCCUCAAGAAGGAGUUCACCAAGGAUAUCGAGAAGCAGGUUGAGCAGGAGCGUGAGAGCCGCCUGGGCAAGCUGAACGCUUUGUCUUCUGCUGUUGGAGAGCUUGAGAAGCUCACCACCGGCUGGAACGAAGUUCUCGACACCAACCUCAAGACUCAGCAGCUACACGUCGCUGUUGAGGCUGUCCGAGCCAGCCUUGAAGAUGACCAGCACCCCCGCCCCUUUAUCCGCGAACUGGUUGCCCUCCGUGAGAUCGCUUCUGAUGAUCCUGUUGUCAACGCCGCCAUUGCCUCAGUUAACCCUGCGGCCUACCAGCGCGGCAUCUCUACCUCUUCCCAGCUGAUUGACCGUUUCCGCCGUGUUGCUAACGAGGUCCGAAAGGCUUCGCUGCUACCCGACGAGGCCGGUGUUGCCAGCCACGCCUCCAGCUGGGUCCUUAGCCACGUCAUGUUCAAGAAGCAGGGACUUGCUGACGGUAACGACGUGGAGAGCAUUCUUACCCGAACCCAAACAUAUCUGGAAGAAGGUGAUCUGGAUUCUGCGGCACGAGAAAUUAACGGUUUGGAUGGAUGGGCUAAGACUUUGAGUAAGGAUUGGCUGGGUGAGGUUCGCAAGGUGUUGGAGGUUCAGCAGGCUCUUGACGUGAUUGCCACAGAGGCCCGUCUGCAAAGUCUUCGUGUGGAUUAA